CAGGACGAGGACCUGAUCAGGCACCCUUGAACGCUGGCUGGACAUCCCAUUGGCCUCACCUCAGCUCCGUUGUUUUGCCAUCGACCUGUCCCUAGCUGACGACGCUUUGAUCUGAUUAUGAAGCACCUAACCGGCGCUUCCCGGUCUGUGAUUUUUUUUGGAAAGUCAAUCUGACAUACUCUUUGUUUCCUUGUCCUUUAAAUUGGGCGUCCCCUUUCACCCCUGCUCUGCCGAUUUCUGGCCCAUCAUCCGGAUUUCCCUUCUGCAACAAACAAAACAACCAACAGCCUACCACCACGACGCUGACGACACUGAACGUACGAUCAAUUGCGACUACACUUGAUGGAUUCCGUCGUCUCCCUCACGCCGCCGACGUCGUUUCGGCUGGCUGUGAUGGCGCAAAAAGCAUACGAGAUGCCGCUCAAGGUCUUUGAGGCGCCGGCGCCGUCGCAUCCCUCCCUAUCGUAUCUCUGCUUGCUCGUCUUUGAAGCCGUCUUGGAGGUGGUCUGCGUGAGCUUGCCGGGAUACAUCGUCGCGCGCCUUGGUCAUUUUGAUGCCGAUAAGCAAAAAUUCCUGGCCAAUUUAAAUGUCAUGCUGUUUACGCCUUGCCUCAUCUUCACCAAAUUAGCUUCCCAGCUCAACGCCGACAAGCUGUCCGACCUCGCCAUCAUUCCCGCAAUCUUUGUGGUACAGACGCUUGUAUCAUGGAUAGUCUCGAUUCUCGUUGCCAAAGGAUUUCGAUUCAAUAAGCGAGCCUCCAACUUUGUCACUGCUAUGGGUGUCUUUGGCAACUCUAAUUCGCUCCCAAUCUCCCUUGUGCUCUCCUUAUCGCAAACAAUCAAGGGCCUCCACUGGGACAGGAUACCCGGCGACAAUGAUGACGAGGUCGGCGCACGUGGCAUCCUGUAUCUGCUCAUCUUCCAGCAGCUUGGCCAGCUUGUCAGAUGGAGUUGGGGUUAUCACGUUCUGCUGGCCACCAAAGACAAGUACCCAGAGUACCAGGACGAAUUGAUCGAGGAGGGCCAAUAUAGAUACAGCGACGAAGAGCCGAACAACGAGCAGGAGCCCGAGAUUCUCAUCAGUGGCCUGGACGGCGACACCGAAAACGAUGGCGAUAGCAAUGAUUCCGAAGAUUAUAUACCUGCUGGACGAACGCCUAUUGCGAACACCUCCCGGGCUUCGCUGGCUGGCUCGACCGUCGAGGAUGCCGACAUGCUGAAUUUCAAGAAGGGCAACUUUGCUGCGCAUGGACAUGCGCUUGCAGAUAGCGACCCGGAGGAUGAUAUUCUUUCGUUUCCCCAGAUCCGUCUUCGAGAUGAGACUGAAGUCCAACAAGGAGUUUUUGGCCAUGUCAAGAAAUAUUUGAAAUUUCUCAAAGAGCGAGCAGGCGGUGCGAUGACUCGCCAGUAUCAGCGACUCCCUCAGCCUGUACAGACUGUUCUCUCUUUCAUUUACGCAUCGAUCACAAAAUCUGUCAAAUUCGCUUGGGAGUUCAUGAACCCUCCUCUGUGGGCUAUGCUCUUUGCGGUCAUUGUUGCGUCUGUCCCGAGGCUUCAGCAGUUGUUUUUCGAAGAGGGUUCAUUCGUAAAGAACAGCGUCACCAACGCAGUUCAAUCUAGUGGAGGCGUCGCAGUGCCUUUGAUCCUGGUUGUUCUCGGCGCCAACCUGGCUCGCAACACUGCCGCUCACGAUACUCCCGUCGAUCCGGAAGAGGAAAAGAUUGGAAACAAGCUCUUGAUCGCCUCGUUAUUGAGCAGAAUGGUUCUGCCAACAUUAAUCAUGGCGCCCAUCUUGGCCCUCACUGCAAAGUACCUGCCUAUCAGCAUUCUUGAUGAUCCCAUCUUCAUCAUCGUCUGCUUCCUGCUCACAGGUGCGCCGAGUGCGCUUCAACUUGCGCAGAUCUGCCAAAUCAACAAUGUGUUUGAGCAGACUAUGGGCAGGAUCCUGUUUCAGAGCUAUGUUGUCUGGAUUCUUCCUUCUACUCUUGUUCUUGUCAUGAUGGCGCUCGAGGUUAUCGAGUGGGCCAAGGUGUAUUAAUACCACUGUCCCAUCUGUGGAUUCUUAUGAGACCACUGUCCCAUCUGUGGAUUCUUAUGAGAUAUGAGCCUUGUUUUUCUGUUUUCUUUGCUUCGCUUUUGCUGAAAUGCAUACAUCAUUCGGCGUUUACGGGAUGGACUGGUGAAUUAGAAGCCACACUUCAUCUGGCAUGGAUAGACUGGUAUGGACUAGCAAUAAGGGGUGAGAGGAUACCAAAUUGUAUUAGUAUGGUAGGAUCUAGUGGAUGAUGUUACUUUUUGCUCGAUGGAAGCUUUAAAGGACUAGCUUUGGAAUGACAUGCCUUGUGCAUCGUUAUGCAAAGGAGCUGUAUUUGGGAGUACGACAUGAAUUUUACACUGAACGAUAUUAUGUUCUGCG